AUGAGGAAACACCGACACUUGCCCUGUGUGGCUCUCUUUUGCCUCUUUCUCUCAGGCUUUUCCAUGACUCGUGCCCAACAACAAGCAGAUGUCAAAAAUGGUGCCGCUGCUGAUAUAAUAUUUCUAGUGGACUCCUCUUGGAACAUUGGAAAGGAACAUUUCCCACUUGUUCGAGAGUUUCUAUACGAUGUUAUAAAAUCUUUAGCUGUGGGAGAAAAUGAUUUCCAUUUUGCUCUGGUCCAGUUCAACGGAAACCCGCAUACGGAGUUCCUGUUAAAUACCUACCAUACUAACCAAGAAGUCCUUGAUCAUAUUUCCAACAUGUCUUAUAUUGAGGGAAGCAAUCAGACUGGAAAAGGAUUAGAAUACAUAAUGCAAAACCACCUAACUAAGGCUGCUGGAAGCCGGGCCAAAGAUGGAGUCCCUCAGGUUAUUGUAGUAUUAACUGAUGGACGCUUGGAGAAUGGCCUUGCCCUGCCCUCAGCUGAACUUAAGUCUGCUGAUGUUAACGUGUUUGCAAUUGGAGUUGAGGAUGCAGAUGAAGGAGCGUUAAAAGAAAUAGCAAGUGACCCGCUCAAUACACAUGUUUUCAACCUAGAGAAUCUUACCUCACUGCAUGACAUAGUAGGAAACUUAGUGUCCUGUGUUCAUUCAUCCGUGACUCCAGAAAGGGCUGGAGACACAGAGACCCUUAAAGACAUCACAGCACAAGACUCUGCUGACAUUAUUUUCCUUAUUGAUGGAUCAAACAACACCGGAAGUGCGCAUUUCACAGUCAUUCGAGACUUCCUUGUGAAUCUCCUUGAGAGACUCUCAAUUGGGACUCAGCAGAUACAAGUGGGGGUGGUCCAGUAUAGUGAUGAGCCCAGAACCAUGUUCUCCUUGAACACUUUCUCCACCAAGGCACAGGUUCUGGACGCAGUGAAGGUCCUCAGGUUCACCGGUGGGGAGUUGGCCAACAUUGGCCUUGCCCUUGAUUUUGUGGUGGAGAAUCACUUCACCCAGGCAGGGGGCAGCCGAGUGAAGGAAGGGGUUCCUCAGGUGCUGGUCCUCAUAAGUGCUGGACCUUCUAGUGAUGAGUUCCAUGAAGGGGUGAUAGCCCUGAAGCAGGCUAGUGUGUUCUCAUUCGGCCUUGGUGCCCAGGCUGCUUCCCGGGCAGAGCUCCAGCACAUAGCUACCAGUGACAACUUGGUGUUUACUGUCCCGGAAUUCCAUAGUUUUGGGGACCUCCUGGAGCAAUUACUGCCGUACAUUGUUGGCGUGGCCCAAAGACAUAUUGUCUUGCAACCUCCAACCAUUGUCACUGAAGUCACUGAAGUCAACAAGAGGGACAUAGUCUUCCUCGUAGAUGGCUCCUCUGCAAUGGGACUGACCAACUUCAAUGCAAUCCGCGACUUCAUUGUCAGGGUCGUCCAGAGGCUGGAGAUUGGACAGGACCUUAUCCAGGUGGCAGUGGUUCAGUACGCAGACACUGUAAGGCCUGAGUUUUAUUUCAAUAGCUACCCCAACAAAAAGGAAGUCAUAACCGCUGUGCGGAAACUGAAGCCCAUGGAGGGUCGGGCCCUGUACACGGGCUCCGCGCUGGACUUCGUCCGCAACAACCUGUUCACUAGUACAACUGGCUACCGGGCCACUGAGGGGGUGCCUAAGCUCCUAGUGCUGAUCACAGGUGGUAAGUCCCUAGAUGAGGUUAGCCAGCAGGCCCAGGAGCUGAAGGCCAACAACAUCUUGUCCUUUGCCAUCGGGAACAAGGCUGCCGAUCCAGCUGAGUUGGAAGAGAUCGCUUUCGACAAGUCCCUGGUGUUUGUCCCUGCUGAAUUCCAGGCUGCCCCUUUGCAUGGCAUUCUGCCCAACUUGCUGUCGCCCCUCAGGACUCUCACUGGAACCAAUGAAGUUCGCGUAAACAAAAGAGAUAUCAUCUUUCUUUUGGAUGGAUCGCUCAACGUUGGAAAAGCCAAUUUCCCUUAUGUGCGUGACUUUGUAGCCAACCUAGUUCACAGCCUUGACGUGGGACAGGACAAUAUUCGCGUUGGUUUAGUGCAAUUUAGUGACACCCCCGUAACGGAGUUCUCCCUAGACACAUACCAGACCAAGUCAGAUGUGCUGGCCCGACUGAGGCAGCUGCAGUUCAAGGGGGGCUCGGGCCUGCGCACAGGUUCGGCCCUGAGCUUUGUCCAUGCCAACCACUUCAGUGAAGCUGGCGGCAGCCGGAUUCGGGAACACGUCCCCCAGCUCCUGGUCCUGCUCACGGCUGGCCAGUCCGAGGAUGCCUAUUUACAAGCUGCCAAUGCGCUUGCGCGCGACGGUGUGCUGACCUUUUGCGUGGGCGCUAGCCAGGCGAAUAAGGCCGAGCUUGAGCACAUUGCUUUUAACCCCAGCCUGGUGUAUCUCAUGGAUGAUUUCAGCUCCCUGCCUGCUCUGCCUCAGCAGCUGAUUCAGCCCCUCACCACCUAUGUUAGCGGUGGUGUGGAGGAAGUGUCCCUCGGCCAGCCAGAGAGGAAGCAGCGAGACAUCCUGUUUCUCUUUGACGGUUCAGCCAAUCUUGUGGGCCAGUUCCCAGCUGUCCGAGAUUUCCUCCAUAAAGUCAUUGAUGAACUUGACGUGAAACCUGAUGGGACCCGGGUGGCGGUGGCUCAAUACAGCGACGACGUAAAGGUGGAGUCCAGCUUCAGUGACCACCAGAAUAAGCCUGAGAUCUUGAACCUUGUGAAGAGGAUGAAGAUCAAGACUGGCAAAGCUCUCAACUUGGGCUAUGCCCUGGACUAUGCACAGCGACAUAUCUUUGUGAAAUCUGCCGGGAGUCGGAUCGAGGAUGGAGUGGUUCAGUUCCUGGUGCUCUUGGUGGCAGGACGGUCAUCUGACAGCCUGGACAGGUCCGCCAGUGAUCUGAAACAGAGCAGCGUGGUACCUUUCAUUUUACAAGCCAAGAACGCAGACCCUGCGGAGCUGGAGCAGAUUGUACCAUCCCCUGCCUUCAUCCUGGCGGCCGAGUCGCUCCCCAAAAUUGGAGAGCUCCAACCCCAGAUUGUGAACCUUCUAAAGACAGUGCAAAACGGGGCAUCAGCACCAGUUUCAGCUGAAAAGGACGUGGUCUUCCUGCUCGAUGGCUCUGACAGCGUCAGGAAUGGCUUCUCCCUGCUGAAAGAGUUUGUCCAGAGACUGGUGGAGAGCCUAGACGUGGGCCAGGACCGGGUUCGUGUGGCCGUGGUGCAGUACAGCGACAGGACCAGGCCUGAGUUCUACCUGAAUUCAUACACGGACCAGCAGGGUGUCAUCAAUGCCAUCCGCAGGCUGACCCUGCUCGGUGGGCGGGCUCCCAAUACCGGGGCUGCCCUGGAUUUUGUCCUCAGGAAUAUCCUCGUUAGCUCUGUGGGCAGUAGGAUCGCAGAAGGCGUCCCCCAGCUUUUGAUAGUCCUCACAGCUGACAAGUCUGGGGAUGAUGUGCAGGGUCCUUCGGUGGUUCUCAAGAGGGGAGGGGCAGUGCCCAUUGGCAUCGGCAUAGGGAAUGCUGACAUCUCAGAGAUGCAGACCAUCUCCUUCAUCCCGGACUUUGCAGUGACCAUCCCCACCUUCCGGAAUCUGGGGACUGUCCACCAGGUCAUCUCUGAAAGAGUGACCCAGCUCAAUCGUGAGGAGCUGAAGAGGCUGCAAGCCAUCCUUCCCCCAACAAGUCCAGGUUUUGGCAGCAAGAAAGAUGUGGUCUUCCUCAUCGAUGGGUCCCAAGGGGCUGAACCUGAAUUUCGGUACAUCCGCACACUCAUCGAAAACCUGGUUGGUUACCUGGAUGUGGGCUUUGACACCACCCGGGUUGCAGUUAUCCAGUUCAGCGAGGACCCCAAGGUGGAAUUUCUGCUGAAUGCCCACUCCAGCAAGGAUGAGUUGCAGAAUGCCGUGAGGAGGCUGAGGCCUAAGGGAGGCAGGCAGAUCAACAUUGGGGGGGCCCUGGAAUACGUGGCAAAGAACAUCUUCAAGAGGCCGCUGGGAAGCCGCAUUGAAGAGGGUGUCCCACAGUUCUUGGUGCUCAUCUCAUCCAGGAAGUCUGACGAUGAGGUAGAUGACUCGGCCGCAGAGAUCAAACAGUUUGGGGUGGCGCCUUUGACGAUCGCCAGGCAUGCCGACCAGGAGGAGCUGGUUAAGAUCUCUCUUAGCCCCGAGUAUGUGUUCUCUGUGAACACCUUCAGGGAGCUGCCCAGCCUGGAGCAGAAGCUGCUGACUCCCAUCACCACUCUAACCUCGGAGCAAAUUCAACGCAUCCUGGCCAGUACACGUUAUCCUUCCCCAGCUGUUGAGAGUGAUGCGGCAGACAUUGUCUUUCUAAUUGAUAGUUCUGAAGGUGUGAAGAGUGAUGGCUUAGCACACAUUAGAGAUUUUGUUGGCAGGAUUGUUCGAAGACUCAACAUUGGCCCCAGUAAAGUGAGAAUUGGGCUGGUGCAGUUCAGCAAUGACGUCUUCCCUGAAUUCUACUUGAAGACGCAUAAAUCCCAGGCAUCAGUGCUCGAUGCUGUGCGCCGCCUGAGGUUCCGAGGGGGUUCUCCGCUGAACACUGGCAAAGCCCUGGAAUUUGUGGCCAGAAAUCUCUUUGUGAAGUCCGCUGGAAGCAGGAUAGAAGAUGGAGUGCCCCAACACCUUGUCCUGUUUCUUGGUGGAAAAUCCCAAGACGAUGUCUCCAGGUUUUCACAGGUGAUCAGCUCCUCAGGAAUUGUGACCUUAGGAGUGGGAGUCCCCAACAUUGACAGAACAGAGUUGCAGACCAUCACCAAAGACCCCAGAAUGAUCUUCACCGUGCGAGAAUUCAGAGAGCUUCCCAACAUAGAAUCCCGAAUCAUAAAUUCAUUUGGACCCUCUGGGGCCACCCCUGAACCUCCGGGUGUGGAUGUACCUGCCCCCUCACCACCAGAGAAAAAGAAAGCAGACAUCGUAUUCUUGUUGGACGGUUCCAUCAAUUUCCGGAGAGACAGUUUCCAGGAAGUGCUCCGUUUUGUGUCUGAAAUUGUGGACACAGUUUAUGAAAUGGGUGACUCCAUCCAGGUGGGGCUGGUCCAGUACAAUUCUGACCCCACAGAUGAGUUCUAUCUGAAGGACUUUUCCACCAAGAAGCAGAUUAUCGAUGCCAUCAACAAAGUGGUCUAUAAAGGGGGGCGGCAUGCCAAUACCAAGGUGGGCAUCGAGCACCUGCGGUUGAACCACUUCGUGCCUGAUGCAGGCAGUCGCCUGGAUCAGAGGGUCCCACAGAUUGCAUUUGUGAUCACGGGAGGGAAGUCAGUGGAGGAUGCUCAGGAAGCUAGCCUGGCACUCACCCAGAGUGGCGUCAAGGUGUUUGCGGUGGGCGUGAGGAACAUUGACACAGAGGAGGUUGGGAAGAUAGCAUCCAACAGUGCCACCGCCUUCCGAGUAGGGAAUGUGCAGGAACUGUCAGAGCUGAGCGAGCAAGUUCUGGAAACCUUGCAUGAUGCGAUGCAUGAAACCUUAUGUCCUGGUGUGACUGAUGUCUCCAAAGCCUGCAAUGUGGAUGUGAUUCUGGGCUUCGAUGGCUCAAGUGAUCAGAAUGUAUUUGUGACGCAGAAGGGACUUGAAUCCAAGGUGGAGGACAUCUUGAAUAGAAUCAGCCAGAUGCAAAGGAUCAGCUGUACCGGCAGCCAGUCACCUACUGUUCGUGUGUCUGUGGUGGCCAACACUCCUUCGGGGCCAGUGGAGGCCUUUGCCUUUGAUGAGUACAAACCCGAGCUGUUUGAGAAGUUCCGGAACAUGCGUAGCCAGCACCCCUAUGUCCUCACUGCAGACACACUGAAGGUCUAUCAGAAUAAGUUCAGGAUGUCCUCACCGAAUAGUGUGAAGGUGGUGAUUCAUUUUACUGAUGGGGUGGAUGGAGAUCUGAAUGCUUUACAAAGAGCAUCUGAGGAACUCCGGGAAGAUGGUGUCCAAGCUCUCAUCUUUGUGGGCCUUGAGCGGGUGGCCAACCUGGAGAGACUGAUGCAGCUGGAGUUCGGGCGAGGGUUCAUGUACAACAGGCCCCUGAGGCUGAACCUCCUGGAUUUGGAUCACGAACUCGCUGAACAACUUGACAACAUUGCUGAGAAAUCUUGCUGUGGAGUCCCCUGCAAGUGCUCUGGACAGAGGGGAGACCGGGGACCCAUCGGAACCAUUGGACCCAAGGGCACAUCCGGAGAAGAUGGCUACCGGGGUUACCCAGGAGAUGAGGGGGGACCGGGAGAACGAGGUCCUCCAGGUGUGAACGGCACUCAAGGUUUCCAGGGCUGCCCGGGCCAGCGGGGGAUAAAGGGCUCUCGUGGAUUCCCAGGAGAGAAGGGUGAAUUAGGAGAAAUCGGGCUGGAUGGGCUGAAUGGUGAAGAUGGAGACAAAGGGAUGCCUGGGUCUUCUGGAGAAAAGGGGAGCCUUGGAAGAAGGGGUGAUAAGGGGCCGAAAGGAGACCAUGGAGAAAGAGGCGAUGUUGGAAUCAGAGGGGACCCUGGUGACUCUGGGCGGGAUGGCCAGCAGCGAGGGCCCAAAGGAGAAACUGGUGAAAUUGGCCCCAUGGGCCUCCCUGGGAGAGACGGGGUAUCUGGAGGCCCAGGAGAACCAGGGAAGGAGGGUGGUCUUGGCCGAAGGGGACCAGCAGGAAGUAAGGGCAACAAGGGCAAUGCAGGCCAGCCUGGCUUUGCAGGAGAACAGGGGACCAGAGGUGCACAGGGUCCAUCUGGUCCCACUGGUCCUCCAGGUCUGAUUGGUGAGCAAGGCAUCCCUGGACCUCGGGGAGGUGGCGGCCUGGCAGGGGCUCCUGGAGAACGUGGCAGGACCGGUCCCCUGGGAAGAAAGGGUGAACCUGGAGAGCCAGGACCACAGGGAGGCACUGGGAAUCGUGGCUCUCGUGGGGAGACGGGAGACGAUGGACGGGAUGGAGUGGGCAGCGAAGGACGCAGAGGCAAGAAGGGAGAACGAGGGUUCCCUGGAUAUCCUGGACCCAAGGGCACUCCGGGUGAGCCUGGGACAGAUGGACCACCAGGGCCCAAGGGGAUCCGAGGUCGACGGGGAAAUUCUGGACCUCCAGGGACAGUUGGGCAGAAGGGAGACCCUGGCUACCCAGGACCAUCUGGCCACAAAGGCAACAGAGGAGACUCCAUUGAUCAAUGUGGCCUGGUCCAAAGCAUCAGAGAUAAGUGCCGGCCACUCGAAUGCCCCGUCUUCCCAACGGAACUAGCCUUUGCUUUAGACACCUCCGAGGGGGUCACCCAGGACACGUUUAGCCGGAUGAGAGAUGUUCUUUUGAAGGUUGUGGGUGAUUUGACCAUUGCUGAGAGCAACUGCCCACGGGGAGCCCGUGUGGCUGUGGUCACCUAUAACAACGAGGUGACCACUGAGAUCCGGUUUGCUGACUCCAAGAAGAAGUCGGUGCUCUUGGACAAGAUCAAGAACCUCCAGGUAGCUCUGACGUCCAAGCAACAGAGCCUGGAAACCGCUAUGUCGUUCGUGGCCAGAAAUACCUUUAAGCGAGUACGGAGCGGAUUCCUGAUGAGGAAAGUGGCUGUUUUCUUCAGCAACAAACCCACGACAGCAUCCCCACAACUCAGAGAGGCUAUGCUGAAGCUCUCAGAUGCUGGGAUUACCCCCUUGUUCCUGACAAGCCAGGAGGACCGGCAUCUUAUCAAUGCUUUGCAGAUUAAUAACACCGCAGUGGGACAUGCACUCGUUUUACCUGCACGGAGGGACCUCACCAACUUCUUGAAGAAUGUCCUCACCUGUCAUGUGUGCCUGGACAUCUGCAACAUUGACCCAUCCUGUGGCUUUGUCAACUGGAGGCCAUCGUUCAGGGACAGGAGGGCAGCUGGCAGCAACAUGGACAUCGACAUGGCUUUCAUUUUAGACAGCUCUGAGUCCACCACACUGUUCCAGUUCAAUGAGAUGAAGAAGUACGUUGCCUAUGUGGUCAGACAGCUGGACAUGAGCCCAGACCCUAAGUCCUCCCAGCACCUUGCAAGAGUGGCGGUGGUACAGCAUGCACCCUAUGCGUCCAUGGGGAACGCAAGCGUGCCUCCUGUGAAGGUAGAAUUUUCCCUGACCGACUACGGCUCCAAGGAGAAGCUGGUGGAGUUCUUGAGCAGUCGGAUGAUCCAGCUGCAAGGAACUAGGUCCUUGGGCAGCGCCAUCGAGUACACCAUAGAGAACGUCUUUGAAAGCGCGCCAAACCCACGGGACCUGAAAAUCGUGGUGCUGAUGCUGACGGGUAAGAUGCAGAAGGAGCAUCUGCAGGAGGCCCAGAGAGUCAUCCUACAAGCCAAAUGCAGAGGCUACUUCUUUGUGGUUCUGGGCAUUGGUCGGAAGGUGAACAUCAAGGAGGUGUAUGGCUUCGCCAGUGAGCCAAACGACGUCUUCUUCAAGCUCGCAGACAAGUCGACGGAGCUCAACGAGGAGCCCUUGAUGCGUUUCGGGCGGCUGUUCCCAUCCUUUGUUAGCAGUGAAAAUGCUUUCUACUUGUCCCCAGACAUCCAGAAACAAUGUGAUUGGUUCCAAGGAGACCAGCCAGCAAGGAAUUCUGUGAAAUUUGGCCACAAAAACAUUCCAAACAAUAUUACCUCUAAUCCCAUAAGUAAGCCUGAGACCACAAUGGGGUCAACUACAAACAAACCAGCAACUAUUGUCACUCUGCCUCCUGCCAAGCCGGCCCCUGUUAGGCCUGGACCUGCCAAACCUGAGGCUCCGAAGACAGCCACCAUCCGACCCGUGGUAGCAGCAAAAUCAGUGGCAGUGAAGCCUGUGAUCCUGAAGCCAGCUGCCACAAAACCUGUGACUCCUGCUAAACCAGUGGUCCCCGCUAAAACCGCAACCCCUGCUAAACCAGCAGCCCCUGUGAAAACCGCAGCCCCUGCGAAACCAGUGGCCCCUGCAAAACCUGCAGGCCCCAGGCUCCAGGCGGCCAAACCAGCUGCUGUGAAACCAGCCAUCACCAAUCCUGUGAGGAUGUCCCGUGAAGUCCACGUGUCUGAGAUCACAGAGAACAGUGCCAAGCUCCACUGGGACAGGCCCGAGCCCCCCAGUCCGUAUUUCUAUGACCUCACCGUUACAGCAGCCCAUGACCAGUCCCUGGUUCUGAAGCAGAACCUCACAGGCACGAACCGCGUCAUUGGAGGCCUGCUCAGCGGCCAUGUGUACCAUGUCUCAGUGGUCUGCUACCUGAGGUCCCAGGUCAGAGCCAUCUACCAGAGCAGCUUCAGCACAAAAAAAUCUCAGCCUCCACCUCCACAGCCGGCACGGUCAGCCUCCAGCUCCACCAUCAAUCUGAUGGUGAACACCGAACCUUUGGUUGGUACUGAGACAGAUAUAUGCAAGUUGCCAAAGGAUGAAGGAACCUGCAAAAAAUUCAUAUUAAAAUGGCACUAUGAUUUGGAGAGCAAAAGCUGUGGGCGAUUCUGGUAUGGAGGCUGUGGUGGAAACGAAAACAGAUUCGAUUCACAGAAAGAAUGUGAAAAGGUUUGCGCUCCUGUACUGGUCAACUCCGGAGCCAUCGCUGCAAUGGGAACCUAG